AAUAAGAAUUAACAGAAGAGUUUAUAUUUUUAUCACAUGCUUUAUCCACUCAGUAACAUGUAUGUAUAGAUAGAUACCUAAUCUACUUCACUGAUUCUGUUUCAAUUCCUAAGCCCUGUUCUGUUCUUCCCACAUAUGACAUAGGACCACACAAACACAAAGCAAUGGCAAGUGUUUGUUAUUCUGUACUUGCUCCAUCAUCAUCACCCUCCAUAUCCAAGUUCAUCUCUGACCAUCCAUGCCUAACCAUGCUCCAAAACCACUGUUCCACCAUGAAAGACCUCAAAAAGCUCCAUGCUCACAUGAUCAAAACUGGUCUUGUUCUUGACCCCAUUGCUGCCAGCAAAGUCCUCACCUUUUGUGCUUCCCCACAUGGUGACACCAACUAUGCACACAUGGUGUUCACCAGAAUGCCUAAACCAACUCUCUAUUCUUGGAACACCAUCAUAAGGUGCUUCUCUAGAAGCUCAACCCCACAACUUGCUUUAUCAAUUUUUAUUGACAUGUUGUGUUCUGAUGAUGAUUAUGUUCAGCCGCAAAGGUUGACUUAUCCUUCUGUUUUCAAGGCUUUUGCUCAACUUGGUGAUGUCCAUGGUGGUGCUCAGCUUCAUGGGAGGGUUGUGAAAUUGGGUCUUGAAGAUGAUGAGUUCAUUUGUAAUACUAUCAUAUAUAUGUAUGCUAAUAGUGGCUUGUUGAGAGAGGCUAGAAGAGUGUUUGAUAAGAAAGUUGAACUUGAUGUUGUUGCUUGGAACUCAAUGAUUAUGGGGCUUGCAAAAUAUGGGGAAAUUGAUGAGUCUAGGAGGAUGUUUGAUGCAAUGCCUGAAAGAACCCCAGUUACUUGGAAUUCCAUGAUCAGUGGUUAUGUUAGGAAUGGGAAGCUUAUGGAGGCGUUGGAGCUUUUUCGCGAGAUGCAAGAAGAAGAUGUUGAGACCAGUGAAUUCACAAUGGUGAGCUUGUUGAAUGCUUGUGCUCACUUAGGAGCUCUUGAACAUGGAAAAUGGGUUCAUAAUUACAUAAAAAAGAGUGGUUUCGAGUUUAAUCUUAUUGUCACUACGGCAAUAAUUGACAUGUAUUGCAAGUGUGGAUCUAUUGAAAAUGCUAUUGAAGUGUUUGAUGCAUCAUCCACAAGAGGGUUAUCAAGCUGGAACUCAAUUAUAAUAGGCUUAGCCAUGAAUGGACACGAGAGAGAAGCAAUUCAGUACUUCUCUAAGCUUAAAUGUUCAAGUCUAAAGCCAGAUAGUGUCAGUUUCAUUGGUGUUCUAACUGCUUGUAAAUAUUUAGGAGCAAUUGAUAGAGCAAAGGACUACUUUGCACAAAUGAUGAAUGAGUAUGAGAUUGAACCUUCAAUAAAACACUACACUUGCAUGGUUGAAGUGUUAGGCCAAGCGGCAUUGCUAGAAGAGGCAGAAGAACUGAUAAGAGAUAUGCCUAUAGAACCAGAUGCUAUUAUCUGGGGAUCUCUGCUCUCAUCUUGUGCGAAGCAUGGGAAUGUAGAGAUGGCGAAACGGGCUGCAGAAAGAGUUUGCAAGUUGAAUCCGAGUGAUGCAAGUGGUUAUGUACUUAUGUCUAAUGUUCAGGCUGCGUCAAAACAGUUUGAAGAGGCAAUUGAGCACAGGCUUUUGAUGAAGAGGUUGACCGAGAAAGAACCAGGUUGUAGUUCAAUUGAACUAGAUGGAGAAGUUCAUGAAUUUCUAGCUGGAGGGAGGUUGCAUCCUAAAACUCAAGAAAUUUACUACUUACUUAAUGACUCAAGUUUUACACCUGAAGAUUGAGUAUCUCUGAAGUUAUGAACUCAUGGAACUUAAAAUCCAAUUUUGUAUAUAGAGGAAUUGGCUUCAAUAUAGUGAAUUAUUCCAAUAAGAUAAAAAUCCAUAUUUGAUUCUCAA